CUUCCGCCCAAACCGGCCCCACUUCCGCCCGGUCGCCGAGGACGCGCCCCACGCCGCGCUCUGCCGGCUCUCGCACCCGCGACACUGCUGCCGCCGUCACCGUCGCGAUGCCGGGGUCGGGAUCCCGCCUUAUCUCGGUGUUCCCCAGCCCGCAGGAGCUGGGUGUGUCGCUGGCGCAGCUGGUGGUGCAGCGAGCGGCGCAAAGCCGGGCUGGGGCCGGGGGCGCGGGGGAUGGUGCUCGUUUCUCACUCGGGCUCUCGGGCGGUAGCCUAGUCCAGCUACUGGCUCAAGAGCUGCCUGCGGCCGCAGCCCCCGCUGGCCCCGCCGCCCCCGCGCACUGGACGCUGGGAUUCUGCGAUGAGCGCCUCGUGCCCUUCGACCACGCGGACAGCACGUUCGGCUUGUACCGGACUCAUCUUCUUUCAAACCUGCCCAUCCCAGAGAGCCAGGUAAUCACCAUCAACCCUUCGCUCCCAGUGGAAGAGGCUGCCUCAGACUAUGCAGAGAAGCUUCGAGAAGCCUUUCAAGGGGACACAAUUCCAGUUUUUGACCUGCUGAUUUUGGGGAUCGGACCUGAUGGGCACACGUGUUCCCUUUUCCCUGAUCACCCACUCCUUCAGGAAAAGGAAAAAAUUGUUGCCCCCAUCAGUGAUUCCCCAAAGCCACCCCCUGAGAGGGUGACCCUCACUCUGCCUGUACUGAACGCUGCACGAAUGGUGGUGUUUGUGGCCACCGGAGAAGGCAAAGCGGCUGUUUUGAAGCGCAUCCUGGAAGGUAAUGAGGAGAAUCCACUUCCUGCUGCACUUGUGCAACCCCACACGGGGCGGCUGUGCUGGUUCCUGGAUGAGGCUGCCGCCAAAGAGCUGACCAUUCCAUUCGAGAAGCAUUCCAUUUUGUAGCCAGAUGGGCUCAGAUGUGCCAGACUCAGAGUUGACCUCUGCACACUGCUCCCCUCUUUUUCUCCCCGAUCUUUUUACAAAGACCUGCGGGCGUGGGGGCAUCGGUCCUCUCUCCUGGGGAGCGAGUGAGCGAGCCUGAGAACAGGCUCAUGAACUUCAUACGGUCUCUCUUCUGUGACCACCCAAUAUUAAAGUGUGAAUUUAAGCCUG